GACUGGUUGGGAAUUUGUGAGAGCAGGCAGGAAGGGAUGGGAAAGCUGAAGCGAUUGGAAUGAGCGGGAAGGUUAGCGGGAGGCAGAAAAAUGAGCCCAGAUCCGAAGGGUUCAGCUGGGGUGUCCUUUGAAGGAAGCUGGUGACUUGACAUUGUCUCUUCAGCUCCUGACGUCUCCCGUUUUUCUGGCGUAGUGUGGGAAAACGAAAGCUUCACUUGCCCUGGUGGCUACUAGCACAGUCUUUUUUCACAGGCCCUAAGGCGCAGCUGACUACACCCAUCCCUUUUAGUGGCAUGGCCUUGACUCAACCUUUUAAAGGGGUUUAGAGUGGCAGUUUGACACACGCACCUUUCACCAAUAUGAAAUGGUAGCCAGCGUUCCCAAGAGGCACACUGUCCUCUUGUCCUGCAGUUUAUCAGUUCAAGGUAAAUCCGUAGUUGAUUCAAAUUUUCUUUCACUGACUUUCCAUCUUGCAAAUCUCCAAAGCCAGGAUGUUGGUGUGUACGCCAGAGUGAACACAUGACUGGGUACAAUGGUUCCUCUCCCGUUCUCCUAUCAAGAGCCUGUGGCGCCCAUUUCUUAGUGGCUUAAGACCUGGAUAGCCAAAUUCCAAACUUGUGCUAGUGAAUGGGCCGACAGAGCAGAGCCGUGAGGGGUCUGUGUGCUUUCUUUAAUUACCUAGUUUAGACAGGAUGUUUUCACGGAAGUGCUUAAUGAGAGUUCGUGAUCACAGGACACAUGGAUCAUUGAAUUCCUAGUGCUUGAGUAUUUCCCUUCCUUGCAGUCUCUUCUAAAAGGAGAAACGAGACAGGUCAUCUGAUUCAGGUUUAUCACAACACAGAGCAGGCAGCCUGCUUUCUUCUGACCCAAGUGUGGGUGGUGGCCUUGUGGUUCUUUCUAGAUGUUUCUGCCCCUUGACCUUAAGCCAAAACUGGCCUUACAGUCCAGAGACUCUCUCCUGUGAGGUUUACUUUCCUUUGCUAUUUAGGCCCCAUUUGAGAGGCUUACACGGACUCUAAGUUUGCAUAUAUAUUCUGCAGCCACAGCUUUUUAACCGCCCCCCCCCCCCCUGGCUAGUUCCUCCUCUGCUAGUCUCACAAGCUGGGUUCUCCACCCCCUCCCACACACACACACAUGUGGUGGUAACAUUCCUCAUAGGCCUGAAAAGAUUUAGAUCUGAUACAAAAUUACAAAUGUGCUGGAUUUUAUUUGGUGCCAGCCUCCUGUCUUCUAUGUGCUUGUAGAUCUGAACUAUUUCCUAACACCUCUGGGAAAUGUUCAGCUAGAAACCCUUGAAAAAAGACCACAAGGCAUGUAGCCAGGAAAUGUCAGCUGGUAUUUCUUUUCACGGGCGUUUAAAAGCUUUGAGAGAGGUUGGCACCAUUUUCUCCCAUCGCCGCCAUUUGUUGUUUGAGUUGGUCCUUUUGACAGUCGAGUGUCGCUGGUGACCCGCCUCUCCAGUCUCACCUGGAUGGUUUCCUUGGAUGUAAGUGAGUGAUGGAUACCUCUGGGUACGUGUGUGUUGAUCACAGGCAUCGAACCUCCAUACAUGACUAGUGGGGUGAGGGAAGGUGCCUGCUUCUGCAUUGUGGCUUGGAAGGAGAUUCCCUGAAGGAGUGAAAGUGAAGCUUACUCUAGUUGUUGCUCUUGCAAAAGAGAGAGGCUGGGAGCCACUGUGGAAGUAGAUGGGGUGUGCUCCUGGUGGGGUCCAGGGAACAUCUGUGUCAUAACAAGUGAAGUUCACAGUCGAGAGUUGGACGAGGACAGUAAGGUCGUGUCCAUUGUCAAGACAAACUGUUCAUUGUACUGGGAUAAUAUCAGACAGGGAUGCUAACAGGUCCUGGGUUGGGGUGGAGGUCCUACCCCAGAAGCCUGGGGUUUCCUUGAGGAUUCUUUCUAUCAAAGCUAAUGGCAGUGGUUAGGUCUUAGGUCAGUAUGUAUGCAAAGUUUCACACAUAGAGACGCAGAUUACCUGUGUUCCCUGUAUUUUGUAGUAAAUGAUCUUUCUCUUAGGUUCCACACCUUUGUUUUCUUUCUUUCUCUCCCCACUCCUCCCUGUCCUCACCAUUGCUCCGAAAGCCCUCUUUCCGAAGCGGAAGUGAGGAAGACCUGGAAGAAGGGGAGGAGAAUGGGAAAGGCAGCCAGCAAGCCCGCUCCAGCUCCCAGCGAGCCCUGUGGCACUGCGGGGUAAACUUGGGCUGCUUGCUUGCUGCUUCCCACUCCUUCAGUGAGUCUCCUUCCAAGCCACAAUGAAGAAGCAGGCACCUUUCCUAGCUGCAAGCCCCGUGUUCUCUCUCUCUGACCUUUUCACUGCGGGUGAGGAUCGGGAGGCUGCGUUUUCCCGGCGCAGAGGUGGAUGCGAGGUGAGAUGAGGCCCAUUUUUGUGGCGUGGUGCGAGGCUGGCAGAGAUGGUGGGUUUGGAAACCAGAACAGAUUCUAAUCUUCCAUCCAUUCUCCAGGAGCAAAGUUGACCUUUUUAGGAACUUGAUGAGACACUCGGUACUUGUGAAGAUCUGGGUGAAGGGUUUUCCUAGCUGCCAGAUGUCUUAAGAAACGGGAGUGCAAAGCAGUAUUUCCCAGGGUGUGCCCCGAGGGUCACUUGCCACCGCCCUCCAUCUCCCCCCACCCCCCCAAGCAUUCUGGAACUGAAGGGUUACAUCUCCAGGUUGGCAGAAACAGGGCAUUCUGUGUUUUCUCUUCUGCCUCACUGUGCUCAUUAGCAUAAUGGAAGGCCCUGAGAGGUUCUACACUGUUUGGACCCGGCCGGGGCUGUUUCCAUGUAAAAGCUAUUACUACUCUUGCAACUAGUCUAUUAAGGUAUACACUUUGGGAACUGCCAGGCUUACAUUUUCACUUCGAAAAAUAAUUGGGUCUCAACUAGGUUUAGGCAAAGCCUAAUUUUGUGCUUGAACCCCAAUCCCACCCUCCUGUGUGAUCCGAAGAGCAGCUCCUGUGAUCCCUGUGCUAAUGAAGGCUAGAGGCCAGCUGGCUUAGAACCAGAGGCCUGUGCUCAACCGGGAAGGGUGCUGGGGCCACUCCGUAUCAUUUUUCUAAGAGGGGAAACAAAAGGCGGGAGAACGUUGAUGGAAAUCAGAAGAGACAAAUGACCUCGUCUCCCAGAGCAUAGCCAUCAUACAGAGUGUGAGGGUGUGUGGGUGGACUGUCUAAGGGCAGGAAUGCUGACGCUUCUUCUCCCCGGCAGAAUCCUAAUGCGCCCCGCUGGCUGCUGGUGAGCUGGGGCGUUGGGGCCAACGUGGUGGGCUCCCCAAGGAAAACCCUUCAGAAGCCAAUGGAUGCAUUCACGGGCUCAGGUCUCAAGAGGAAGUUCGAUGAUGUGGAUGUGGGCUCCUCCGUUUCCAAUUCAGACGACGAGGUCUCCAGCAGUGACAGUGCCGACAGCUGCGACAGCCUCAAUCCCCCAGCCAGCAGCAGCUUCACACCCACAUCCAUCCUGAAGCGGCAGAAGCAGCUGCGGAGGAAGAAUGUGCGCUUCGACCAGGUGACAGUGUACUACUUCGCGCGGCGCCAGGGCUUCACCAGCGUGCCCAGUCAGGGUGGCAGCUCUCUGGGCAUGGCCCAGCGCCACAACUCGGUCCGCAGCUACACGCUCUGUGAGUUUGCCCAGGAGCAGGAGGUGAGCCACCGGGAGACCCUGCGUGAGCACCUGAAGGAGGAGAAACUCCACGCCAAGAAGAUGAAGCUGACCAAGAAUGGGACCGUAGAGUCGGUGGAGGCUGAUGGCCUGACCCUGGAUGACGUCUCUGACGAAGACAUUGAUGUGGAAAACGUGGAGGUGGACGACUACUUCUUCCUGCAGCCUCUGCCCACCAAGCGGCGGCGGGCCCUGCUCAGGGCAUCUGGGGUUCACCGCAUCGAUGCCGAAGAGAAGCAAGAACUUCGAGCCAUCCGCCUCUCUCGGGAAGAGUGUGGCUGUGAUUGUCGGCUCUACUGUGACCCAGAAGUGUGUGCCUGUAGCCAGGCUGGAAUUAAAUGCCAGGUGGAUCGCAUGUCCUUCCCGUGCGGCUGCUCCCGGGACGGCUGCGGGAACAUGGCGGGGCGCAUCGAAUUCAAUCCCAUCCGCGUGCGGACUCAUUACCUCCACACCAUCAUGAAGCUGGAGCUGGAGAGCAAGCGCCAGGUGAGCCGCCCACCGGCGGCGCCCGAGGAGGAGCCCUCCCCUGCUGCCGGCUGCAGCCUGGCCGGCGCCCAGGGCGCCGAGACCCAGGACUUCCAGGAGUUCCUGGCCGAGAACGAGACGGCCGUGAUGCACCUGCAGAGCGCGGAGGAGCUGGAGCGGCUCCAGGCCGAGGAAGACUGCAGUGGCCCCAGCGCCAGCCUGGACUCGAGCAUCGAGAGCCUGGGCGUGUGCAUCCUGGAGGAGCCCCUGGCUGUCCCCGAGGGGCUGUGCCCGGGCCUCGCUGCUGCCCCCCUUCUCUUCCAGGCCCAGCUGCCCCCAGGCUCCUCUGUCCUGUGCUUCGCAGAGAACUCCUCGGAUCACCCAGCUGCCUCAGCGGGCAAUAGCCCGCCCUACUUGAACGGCGGGCCCCUGGUCUAUUACCAGGUGGAGCAGAGGCCAGUUUUGGGGGUGAAGGGGGAGCCUGGUCCCGAGGAGGCCGCGCCCCCCUUCCCCAAGGAGAAGGAUCUGAGCGUCUUCUCGCUCCCUGUUACCUCAUUGGUGGCUUGCAGCCCCACAGACCCAGCUGCCCUCUGUAAAUCGGAGGGGGCCAAAAGAGCCGCUCUGGAAGCGCUGUUGCCUGAAGAUUGUCGCCCCGAGGAGCCCGAGAAUGACGAAUGCCACCGCUCCUGGGCCCCCUCAAGCCCACCCUUGAGUGCGGACAGUCCGGAUGGCUGUGCCCCGGAGAAGCCCACCCCGCAGAGCGAGGACCGGCCCCCCGAAGACUCUGCACUAGAACUCCCUCUGACUGUGUGACUGGGGCUGGAGGCUGCCUCUCACCCAUGCUCUAUUUAUUCCCUUAUUUUAUCUAAUGCCAUUUCAAACAGAACUGCAGAAGUC